AUGAGUCCUUUGAUGUCGAAAGCACUCUCACUGUGCAGCUUCCGUCCAGUGGGAUUCAAUUUGGUGGUUCGCUUAUUUUCUGUUUCGGUUUAUCACAAUACACGAUUGGCCGAGGUGGGCCGGCUUGAACUGCCUAAGGCGCAGGGUAAAUACGAAACUGGCCAGCUCUUUCUGCAUCGUGUGUUCGGAUACCGCGGUGUAAUUCUUUUUCCCUGGCUUGCUAGAGUGUACGAUCGUGAUUUGCCGAACCAUCACACCAAGGGACACCAACUGGAAAGUGGUAGUGCUCCAGCAAAUGCAGCCACAUCCGACAGCCCCGCCAACACUAGCAAAGAAGUUCAAAAGAAAACGCACACAUUCUACCAGGUGUUGAUCGAUCAACGCGACUGUCCCUACAUCCGUGCUCAAACCGAAGCCGUAACGUUCCUAGGAAAUCAGGAAUCCAGCCGCAGUUUGUACGCAAUCCCGGGGCUGGAUUACGUUGCCCAUGAGGACAUAUUACCGUACAGUUCCGAAGAGCAUCAUCCGUUGCAGCACGAGUUGUUUGACAAAUUUUUAGCUCAUCAAACUGACAAAGACCCGCCGUUUGCAGCGCAAGAAACUUUGCGCGCAUGGCAGAAAAAAAAUCAUCCCUGGUUGGAGCUGUCUGAUGUACACAAGGAAACGACGGAAGGUAUUCGCGUCACGGUCAUACCGUUCUACAUGGGUUGCAGAGAAACUCCCGCAGCCUCGGUAUAUUGGUGGCGAUACUGCAUACGGCUAGAAAAUUUGGGGGAACUAAGCGUUCAAUUGCGGGAACGACAUUGGAGAAUAUUCUCAUUGUCUGGAACGCUCGAAACAGUACGCGGGCGAGGUGUAGUUGGUCAGGAACCAAUUCUAAGCCCGCGUUUACCCGCGUUUCAGUAUAGCUCGCACGUGAGUUUGCAAGCACCGAGUGGUCACAUGUGGGGAACCUUUCGGAUGGAACGCGAAGAUGGCCAUAUGUUCGACUGUCGUAUUCCCCCUUUUUCACUCGAAAGCAAGCCCGAUGAAACGAGCACAGGAAAUGACAGUGUAGACGACACGAGCACUAAUUUAAAUGCUUCAUCGAAAUUUUCGUCCACCGUAGUACGGGGUAACGAUGGCAGUAGCGAUGAACCAAUACAGCCCUCAAAUACGGCGACGCCAACGUCCUCGAAACCAAAUACGAAGGAUAAUAAAAACGAUAACGACGACAACGGUGGUAAAUAGAUUAUCGUCGGCAAUUAUGAGAAGUUGUCCAUUUUCUUAUUGCGUAAAGUGUGAGGGCCAUAGAUGAGGAACACUAUACACUCAGUCAAAAUCCAUGUAAAUAAUCCUAAACAAUUAAAUUUAUUGAACUGCA